UUUUUUUUUUUAUUAUUAGUAGUAUUAUGAAUAAUAACAGAUUAGCAUCACUUUCACCUAUAAGUUCAACUUCAAGUACAUUAGCAAGUCGUAGAAGAAGAAAUAAUAAGAAUUUAUCGCUUUGUCUUUCUUCAGAAACUACCAACAACAUGAUUACGGAAACAAAACAUGUGUUUAUAGAAAAGCAACGUAAAGAUGAUGUCAAUGCAUAUCUUUCAGGUCCUGCAAAAAUCAUGCCUUAUCUUUACUUGGGAUCUGAAAUGAAUUCAUUGGAUUUGAAUCUUUUGAAAGAGUUACGCGUACAAUCUAUCUUGAAUGUUGCUGCUGAAGUAAAUAAUCCUUAUGAAUCUAUGGACCAUCAUAUCAAUAAAGAAAAUCCAUUUUCUUUUUCAAACACGCUUACUUAUCAAAAGUUACCAUGGCAACAUAAUCAAGACAAUCUGGUUGUAGAAUUAGCAAAGGCAAUUGAUAUCAUUGAUCGUGCAAGAGCUGCAGAACAAACGAUUCUUGUUCAUUGUCAAUGUGGUGUAGCACGUUCUGCAACUGUCAUUAUUGCAUACGUCAUGAAGACACUUCAUUUACCUCUUCAAGAAGCCUAUAACCAUGUUAAAGCAUUAGCACCUCCUAUUAGUCCUAAUUUAGGAUUAUUGUUUCAAUUAAGAGAAUUUGAACAAACUUUACUAUUAGCAAAUAACGAUGAUUCAACACAUAUCAAAAAUAUACCAAAGAAUGGGAUUCCAUUAUUGUCACACACCUCUUCAUUUUGUACUCUAAAGCGAGAAUUACGAUCUUCUACAAAAUCUAUUUUUAAAUCAACAAUAAAACAAUUGGAUAAUAAUAAUAGUAACACGAAUUCAACCACAAAUGACACGAAUUGGUGGAAAAAUGAUAAUAGAAGAAUUUCCUUGGAUAAUACAGCAACUGCUGCUUGUUAAAUAUUAUGUAAUUAUUUCUAUUGUAUACAAGAAUAUGUUUGUAAACAUAUCCUAUUCUUUC